AUGGAAAAGGGGAAAAAACAACGUGGUGCCGACUUGUCAAAUGAAGAUGAUGCUUUUGGAGCCAUCUUUGGAGGUGAUUUUGGUUCAUUAGAGAUUGGUAGUUACAUAGGACAAGCAGAAGAAGGCCCAACACAGCAUUCGGCCAAUGCUGUUGAUUUCGAAGAUGAAGACGAAUUGGCCGAUGAAGAAUUGCCAGAUGAAGAGAGUGUAGGUGGUGCUGGAUUUAGAGACAGCGAUCUUUUGAGUGAUGGCCAUAUCAUGGGAGUUACCUUAGGCCAUCAACAAAUGGAUCCCCAUAGUGUCAGUAUGAGGAAGAAAGGUAUGAUGCCUCAAGAUGUGUCCGUAGAUGAUUUUGACGGCGGCAAUAAUGCACUUUUCAUGGGCAUGGAAAAUAUGGAGAGAAAUGCAUCCUAUGGAGGUUAUGUGCCAGAGGAACUGCAACCACCACCGGAAGAAGUAAUGAGAUUAGAAAAUGAGAGACGUAUUAAGGAAGAAAGACUUUUACUAAGAAGUUAUUUUCCUGAAUUUAAAAAGGGCAAAAUUUUGAAAUGGAAUCGACUAUUGCAUAGAAGGGCAGGCAAAUAUCCAUGGCAGCGCGACUUCAUUAAGAGAUACCUGAAGCCACUAAUACCGUUAAAUUUAAAAUUACACGUUCAACAAGAUCAAAGAAGAUUGUUCAAUACAACCGAAAACGUUUGGCAAGCAUCCUCGCUGGGGGCCCCCACACAGAGAAAUAAGAAACACGGUAUUGUGGUUGUAGCAGUUGACGAAAUUGAUCCUGAGGACGUGAAGAAAAACUCAAAGGAUCAGAACGAACAGGAGAUACCUGAAGAUCUUAUUGUGGCCACUGAUAACUGGGAUCAAGAACGUAUCAUUGGUGAAAAAUCAUUUACUGAUGAAACUCCCUCAUCACAUAUAGGAAACCCAUUACAAGAAGAUUUUAAGGACUGGAAUUGGGAUGAAAAUGAUUUAGUAGAAGCCAAUUUGGAUUCUGCACAAAAUGCAGAACUUGAUAUGAACGAUGAAAGGUUACUGUUGGUCAGAGAAACAGCUGGCAGAAGGGACAGGCAAAAUAAGUCUAUUCCACUAGCCUACAAUGAGAAAGGUCUGUUGCAAAAAUUCAACAUUUCUAAUGAUGAUGACUAUAGAAUCUUAAGACGUAAUCACCAAACCAGGAUUCGUGCUACGAUCUCAAAUUUAAACAUAGAGCAUUCGCAACCAGCUAUUCGUUUACAGUCACCAUAUUAUAAGGUUACUUUACCAAAGGACACUUUAAGGCAUUUACACAGACCAUGUUUUGGUACACAGAUUCGUCCUGGGACAAAUAUUGUCUUUAGUAAAUUGAAGACUAGAAAGAAGAAGCGUGAUAAGGGUAAAGAAGUUAAAGAAUCAUUUUCCAGCACUCAAGACCUGACUGUAGGUGACACAGCCCCAGUGUUCUUAAUGGAAUAUUCAGAGGAAGCACCUAUCGCAUUGUCAAAAUUUGGUAUGGCCAAUAAGUUAAUCAACUAUUACAGAAAGAUGAAUGAACAUGAUACUUCAAGACCAAAGCUUCCUGUUGGUGAAACCCACGUUUUAGGUGUUCAGGAUAAAUCUCCAUUUUGGAAUUUUGGGUUUGUAGAACCCGGUCACAUCGUCCCUACAUUAUACAACAAUAUGAUAAGGGCACCUGUAUUCAAGCAUGAUGUUUCAGGAACCGAUUUUCUACUGGUUAGAAGCUCGGGAAAUGGCACUAGUAACAGAUUUUAUUUGAGGACAAUUAAUCAUCUUUUCGCAGUAGGUCAAACUUUCCCUUGUGAGGAGAUUCCGGGUCCUAAUUCUAGAAGAGUUACCUCUAUGAGGACCACCAGAUUGAGGAUGGUUGUAUAUCGUAUCUUGAACCGUACACCAUCUCGUGCCAUUUCAAUUGAACCUAUUGCCAGACAUUUCCCAGAUCAAGAUUAUGGGCAGAAUAGACAAAAGAUCAAGGAAUUUAUGAAGUAUCAAAGAGAAGGUUCAGAUAAGGGUCUCUGGAAAUUAAAGGACGGUGAACCUUUACUUGACAACGAAAGUGCCAAAAAAUUAAUUUUACCGGAGCAAGUUUCAGAAGUAGAAUCCAUGAAUCAAGGUUUACAAUUUCAGGAUGACACGGAAUCCUACAACUUUGAUGAAAAAUUGGCUAAACUGGAAGAGAAUUUAUUACCAUGGAAUGCCACUAAAAAUUUUGUCAAUGCUACUCAGAUGCGUGCCAUGAUUCAAAUCCACGGUGCCGGUGACCCUACCGGCUGUGGUGAAGGUUUCUCAUUUUUGAAGACUUCGAUGAAAGGUGGAUUCGUUAAAUCCGGUAUGGACAAUGGUAAACCACAAGCGCCAGGAGGUCACAGUUAUAACGUUGCCCAACAACAAAAGGCCUACGAUGAAGAAAUCAGUAAGACGUGGUAUACUCAUACGAAAUCACUUAAUGUGACCAACCCAUUUGAGGAGAUGGAUAAUCCCGACGAAAUCAAUCAAACUAACCGUCAUGUAAGAACUCGCAGGGAUGAUCGUAAAGUCUUAAGGAUUAUACGAAAGAAAAGAGAUGAGAAUGGUAUCAUUCAAAGACAAACUGUAACAAUAAGAGAUCCUCGUGUGAUUAAAGGUUACAUUAGGAGUAAAGAGAGAAAGCGUGAAGCCAAUUUAGAUGUUGAGAAACUGUUGGAUGAAAAUACAACCAUGAAUAAUGCUGAAGAUAUUGAAAUGCAAAAGAAGUUAUUACAAAAUGAAUUGGCAAGUUUAGAAAAAUCCCAACAGAGAAGAGCUGCUCGCCAGGUUUCAAAGACAAAGACGCAAGAUGGUAAAGUUGCCAAGGGCAAAAAUACGACCAGACGUUGUGCAACUUGUGGGCAAAUAGGUCACAUUAGAACCAACAAAUCUUGCCCGAUGUAUAACGGUAGCAAUGGAGGCAGUCAAUUACAAGCUUCUGUAGGCCAAGGAAUGGGUAGCCCUUCCCCUGUAGGGACACCUACCGAUCCACCAGGAAUGCCAGAUCCAUAG